AUGGAUUACGAAGAGAUAUUGUUUGGUCUUCAACCUUUGAUAAAUGCCUCAACGGUCAAAGAAAUUCCACUUCAGGAAGUCUAUGUGGAAAGCUAUCUGACUGUCCUUGAUCAAUUGGCUGUGCAUUUACGAUCUCCCAUGAAUAGGGAUGUUGUUGGCUCCACGGGGUUAUUAUCAAACCUUCUCCGAGUAUUGGAGUCAAUGUUGGAUAUCUGUUUCCACGAUUCUACCUUUGCCGGUACUAAUUCCUUAUUUAAGCUGUCAUCGGAAUUAAUCAGAUGCAUCGCCAAUUGUCUGGUAGAUAAUGAUUCUAAUAGGGAAAUAUUUGUUGGUAAAGGUUCAGAUUUGCAAAGCAGAAAUAAGAUUUUGGAUUAUUUCGUUGGUAGGAUAUUGAAAAUGGAGGAUUCAUUUGAUGAUCAAUUCCUUUCUGAUUUACAGCUGAGAACAAUUAUAAUGGUAAAAAAUUUAUGUUUAGAUAAUGUAGAAUAUGCUAAGAGAUUUGCACCUCACAUUAGAGGGCCGCUACUAGACAUGCUUCAAAGAAAUCAGAAUGUUUAUCUUGAAGACUCAAUGGCUGUGUUAUCUGCAUCAGAUUUAUUAAGUGAAUUUGUUCAAGUAUAUUAUUCAGGUAUUUCCCUAUCUGAUCUAACAUUUUUGGCUCAAUUUAUAGCCAGAGUAAGUAAAACCGUUGUAAGUUUAGAGAUUGAUAAAGAUUCAAAUGAAGCCGAUAAUGAUGAUAGUGAACUGGAAGAUGAUCCUAAUUCAGAUAUUCUAUUCAAUUUAACACAGUCUUUUGAAACAAUUGUAGAGGAAGAUUCGAAACUGAACUUUUCUGAAGAUACCUUAUCACUUCAGGGAAAAUUAUUUGAAUCCCUAGAGAUUUUAGCACCUAAGAAUCUUGCCAAUAAAUUAAUAAUUAUGAGACGAUUGGUAUCAUCAAUAGGACAUAUUUCGGCAAACGAAACAAAUACCAAUCAAGAGGAACAACAAUUGUGUCAGAAUGUGAUACAAUCUUCAAAAAAUGGAUAUACGAUAGCUGCAGCCUUGAUAUUACUAUCGAAUUCUAUACAUUCGAGAAAAGAUGCAGAUUCAAUACUACAACGUAUUGAAUUGAGACAGUUUUUAUUGACAGCUAAAUAUUUUCAAGACCCUAUUCAAUAUCAAGGAUUCUUUCAUAUUUUGAAGAAAUUAUUGAGUAUUAGUAACGCAAUGUUUCUCACCGAUGAAGAUUUAAAGAAUAUCUGUGAAGCCUUAAAUCAUGCUCAUAACCAAACCAAGUUUUUCCAGAAUCUUUCUCCCUUAAUAGAAGGAUUUUUAACUAAACUGAUUGCGGUAUUACCAAGCUCUGUUGUAUUCAAACUCGUUUGUAACGAGGAAGAAAACCUUUUCCUACCUGUAAUAUUAGAAGCUGAUAGUAUCAUAGCAUGUCUCACCUUGGGUAAACUGUUACUCGCAAAACAAGGGUGUCCUGACAGCAUUCAAGAACGUUUAUGGAAUAAAGUAUUCAAAUUCCAGGAUUCCACGGCGGGAGAUGGCGUCUCAAUGCAUUACCUAUUCGAAUUAACUAAGACGCUGGGGAUUUUCUUCAAGAAUUGGGGGGAGACAAGAGGUAUUGGGAGCAAUGUCAUACUUGGGACGUAUGUUUCAGAUAUGACGCUGUUAGUGGAGACUGUUGUUGGAAUUAAGGGAAAGGGAGAUAGAGCAAGCGAAAGUGUGCUGAACAAUGGUAGAUUCGUAGCGGGGAUGAUUUUGAAACUACUGGGCAAAGAGGAAGCAUUGACACCGGAGGAGACAAAGCUUCAGCUAGUGUGUAAGCAAUUAUUUGAGUAG